AAUAAAUAAUAAAUACGUCACAUCGAUAGGCACUUGCAAACUCUGAAAAUCACACAUACACUUAGCUCUACGUGCAUUCAGAGACGCUCCCAAUAAGAACGCGCCAACAGUCAUCAAACGACAACAACAAGCGGCUUAUCAGAGCUAGAAGAAAGAAUAAUAAAAACUGAAGAAGCAAGCAUUGACAAACUAGAGCUGCAGCUUUGUCGACAUUCGUCGCUCAAACAAGUUGGUCACGUUAAGAUUUUUCCGUUGAUUCACCUGUGACGUGUCCCAGUUACGAGGAUUAUAAUAAUGUGUGGUUCACCAAACACAGCUGCCGGCUCUGGUGCCCGGGCACUCAUCCUGGUUGGUGGAUAUGGUACACGUCUGCGUCCCUUGACACUAAGCACACCUAAACCCUUAGUGGAGUUCGCCAACAAGCCGAUAUUGCUGCAUCAGCUGGAGGCUCUAGUCGACGCGGGAUGCCGUCAAGUCAUAUUAGCAGUCAGCUAUCGGGCAGAGCAAAUGGAGCAAGAGCUGAAAGUAGAGGCAGACAAACUCGGAGUCGAGUUAAUAUUUUCACAUGAAACUGAACCGUUGGGCACAGCCGGGCCACUGGCGUUAGCGAAGCCCCUUCUGGCGGCCAGUUCGGAGCCAUUCUUUGUGCUCAACUCGGAUGUGAUUUGUGAUUUCCCAUUCAAGCAGCUCAUGCAGUUCCAUCGUAACCAUGGCAAAGAGGGCACCAUUGUGGUGACCAAAGUGGAAGAGCCCUCCAAAUAUGGCGUCGUGCUCUACGAUGAGCUCGGGUGCAUCACUAAUUUUAUUGAGAAACCCCAAGAGUUCGUCAGCAAUAAGAUUAACGCCGGCAUGUAUAUAUUCAAUCCCACGGUACUAGAUCGCAUCGAAGUGAAGCCCACGUCCAUUGAGAAGGAAGUAUUUCCGGACAUGGCGCAGCAACAGGAGCUGUAUGCCAUGGAGCUGUCUGGAUUUUGGAUGGAUAUUGGACAGCCCAAAGACUUUUUAACCGGUAUGUGCCUCUACCUUAGCUCGCUCCGGCAGAAACAAUCGAGCAAACUAUACACGGGCCCCGGAGUGGUGGGCAAUGUGCUAGUGGAUCCAACUGCCAAGAUUGGCGAAGGCUGUCGCAUCGGACCAAAUGUAACCAUUGGACCCGGUGUGGUCAUCGAAGAUGGUGUCUGCAUCAAACGCUCGACCAUCUUAAAGGGUGCCAAUGUGCGUUCGCAUUCCUGGCUGGACUCUUGCAUCGUGGGCUGGCGCUCGACGGUCGGCCGCUGGGUACGCAUUGAGGGUAUCACAGUGCUGGGCGAGGAUGUCAUUGUCAAGGACGAGCUGUACGUGAAUGGGGGUCAAGUGCUGCCACACAAGAGCAUCGCGGCCAGCGUGCCCGAGCCGCAGAUUAUCAUGUGAAAUCGGACGCAGUUCCUCUGUGCAAUUAGUGGCCUAUUGUAAAUAUAAUUUAGCUGUUUGAUUUGCACCGAUUGCCUUGUGCUUGUUUCGAUGUGUUCGACAAUUUAAGCUGUCAGUAUGUCAAUAUGUCAAUAUUCUAAAUAUGCAACCAAAUCAAACAAUACACAUUUCCAUUAAUUAGCGUGGCUAAAAUGCAGUUCUAAGACUAAAGUCGAGUUAGCGGCAUUUUUGACCAAAACUUUUUCAAAACGAAGCAUACGUUUUUUUUACAUAAUCU